CCAUCCUCUUUGACAUCAUCACACACAUACCCAGCAUUCAUCAAUAUGUUCAAGAGGGUACAAAAGGCGAAUGCCGAUCAUGAGAAACGAGUAAAGAGAGGAGAAGUGGAAGAAGAUGAGGGACCAAGAGAAUUGGCUAUGGACAUGGAUAGCGAUAGUGAUUCAAGCGAAGGAAGUGAAAGUGGGUCAAGCAGCUCAGCAUCAUCCAGCAGUGAAGAUGAGAAGCCUUCAAAAGCGGUGAAGAAUGGCAAGGCAGCAGAGACUACUUCAAAGAAGAGAAAGCAUGAGGAGGAGGAAGAAGAAGAUUCUGACGAUGACUCUGAUGAAGACUCAGACGAAGAAGAUUCGGAAGAGGAGGAUUCAUCCAAAGACGGCAAACCUACCGAUCCAGCUGAAGAUGCACUUUUGAGACCAUCCAUUCAAAAAGCAUUUGAUGAACCAAUUUUCAUCAAACCAAAUGCGAUCGUUAGACAGGGAUACAAGCAUCGUUCGUGUCAUAUGUGCCCUCAAGUUUUGAUCAAGACGGAAAAGAUGAUUGAAACACAUUUGAAAUCGGGAUCACAUCAGCGAAAGGUGAAAAGAUAUUCAAAAGAAGCAGAGUUGCUCAAACCAGAACAACGUAAAGAACCUUCUGAAGGUGGAAUGAGUAUCGUGGAAUUACGUGAGCGCGUUGAAAAGAAGUUGGCAAGACAACAAGAAGGUCAACGAAAAGUACUUGAACAUGCUAAACAGAUGAAAUUGGAAGCUAGACGAAAGAGAGCAGUGGUAAAAGCAGCAAACCGUCAAGCUAGAAAAGAAGCCAAAUUGGCCAAAAAAGCCGUUAUGGAAGCAGCAAAAAAGAAUGGUAAAUCACCUAACAAGAAACAAAAGACGGAAAAGGAACAAAAGGAAAAAGAUGUUGUAGCUGAUCCUGGUGAUGAUUCUACGAAGCAACUUCAACCAAAGAAGGAGAAAAAGCAAGACAUUGCCAAGGAUAUCAUUCAACAAAAGUUAGCUGUCCUCAAGCAAACGGAAAAAGAUCCACGUAAAUUGACCAAAAAGUACGUCAAGAAGCAUCUAUUGACGGCCAAAGAACGUGAUGAAUUGAAAAAGGUCAAAAAUCAACAAAAGAGUCAACUGAAAUACGAAGUCAGACAGAGAAAGCGAGAGAAGAAAGCUGCUGCUGCUGCCGCUAAAGAAGGCGGUGAAGAAGAAUGAGGUUGUUUCCCUUGACCAUGAUCACACAAAGUGUACAUUUAGCCCUUUCAUACAUUCAAUAUUAUUCUGAUGAAGUUUAUAAUGGAAUGCUCUUUCCAUA